AUGGCCAGGCUGUGGUCACUGACCCAGGUCUGCCAGUCCCACAGCUCCAUCUCUCUGUCUGCCUCCUUGGGGGUGAAUAUCAGCCCCCUGGCCCCCCUGACCCCACCCCCCCACCCCCAGGUGGUGCAACCCGAUCGGGGCGUCACCGUCAGAGGGACCAGCGAGGCCGGAGAGACGGUGGCGACCGAGGAGGGAGGGGGAGAGGUGCUGGGAAGCGCCGAUCUGCUGUUUAUGGACACUCACCCUAGGGUGCUGUUCUCCCCAUCUCCCUCCCCUCCCGACCACCCCCCUCUACUGCUGCUGCUGGAGGCGGGCCUGCUGACCGAGGAGGAGGAAGAGGAGGAGGAGGAGGAGGAGGAGAGGAAGGACCAGGGCAGGGCCGCCGCCAGAGGGGGCGACGGCGAGCAGGAGGGGCCGCCCUCCCGGCCCCGCCCCCGGCGCUCGGCCGUCCACCUCCGCGAGCGCUCGGUCUGCGAGUCGGUCAGCGAGUGGGUGACGGACAAGAAGACGGCCAUCGACAACCACGGCCGGACCGUCGCGGUGCUGCCCGAGGUCCAGACCCAGACCGGCCCGCUCAAGCAGUACUUCUAUGAGACGCGCUGCCGGCCUGCGGGGGGCGCCCCCGGCAGCGCGGGCGGCGCGGGGCUCUCCGGGGGCGCCUGCCUGGGCGUGGACAAGCGCCAGUGGGUGUCGGAGUGCAAGCCCAAGCAGUCGUUCGUGAGGGCGCUCACCACCGACGCCAACAAGAAGAAGGGCUGGCGCUGGAUCCGGAUCGACACUUCCUGUGUGUGCGUGCUGCUGUCCAGAGCGAGCAGGAACUAGUGAGAGAGAGAGUCCGACUGUCUCUUCCUCUUCCUGUGUGUGUGUGCUGCUGUCCAGAGCGAGCAGGAACAGCGAGAGAGAGUACUAAUGUCAUGAAUUAGUAGUGUCAUAUGUUCAUAGUGUGUUGGAAGUGUGUGAGAUGCAUUGCAAGGCCUUUAGCUUGGCCACACUGAUGGGUUCGAAGACAGCACACAGUACAGAGGAGACACCAUGUAAUGAAGAUGUACACCGUUCAGAGCUGAAGCCCAUAGCUGCAUUAUUAUGUGCUUUUCUGUCCCACCUCAGUUCACUGCAGUCUUUCAGUCUGUCAUUCUCCUUGGUCAGUCCAGCUAGACUGAGAGAGAGGAGAUCGCAGAGAAUCCCUCAGGGAUAAACACACACACCGGGACAGGAGACACAGUGACAGAGAGAGGAGAUCACAGAGAAUCCCUCAGGGAUAAAUACACACAA